AUCGUCGUUACUAGAGAGAGACCGUUGUGUUGCAGACAAAAGCCGUUAGUUUCGUUAUGUGAUGGGAGAUCAUGUUGUUACAGUUCCGAGCAAAGAAGACUUCGUUCAACAACAUUGCUCAAGAGUCUCUUGUUAUUCUUAUCACCAAACGAGUUGGAUUGGGUUACAGGUUUUUGUCUUCGUUAUGCCAACCAAAGAACACGGCUUUAGAUUCCGAAGGUUACAAGAAACUUUUUCAAACAGCUGCAAAAUCAGGCUCCGUGAUACUGGGAAAGCUCGCCCAUGGACACAUGAUCAAGUCUUCCUUGAACCCGUGUCUAUACUUGCUCAACAAUCUUCUGAAUAUGUAUUGCAAGUGCCGGGAAUUGGAUUUUGCACGCCAGUUGUUCGACAGAAUGCCUGAACGAAACAUUAUUUCUUUUAAUUCUUUGAUUUCUGGGUACACUCAGGUGGGGUUUUAUGAACAGGCCAUGGAAUUGUUUCUUGAAGCUAGGGAUGCUAAUUUGAAGCUUGAUAAAUUCACGUAUGCCGGUGCAUUGGGAUUUUGUGGAGAAAGGUGUGAUCUUGAUUUAGGGGAAUUGUUGCACGGGUUGGUUGUUGUCAAUGGUCUAUCUCAGCAAGUGUUUUUGAUCAAUGUGUUGAUCGACAUGUAUAGUAAAUGUGGUAAGCUUGACCAAGCAAUGGCCUUAUUUGAUCGGUGCAAUGAAAGGGAUCAAGUUUCAUGGAAUUCUUUGAUUUCCGGUUAUGUUCGGGUAGGUGCAGCGGAAGAACCGCUUAAUCUGUUGGCUAAAAUGCAUAGAGACGGCAUAAAGUUGACUACUUAUGCUCUGGGGAGUGUGCUAAAGGCUUGUUGCAUAAACCUGAACGAAGGAUUUAUAGAAAAAGGUAUGGCAAUUCACUGUUAUGCAGCAAAACUAGGAAUGGAAUUUGAUAUAGUUGUCCGUACUGCAUUGCUUGACAUGUAUGCCAAAAACGGAAGUUUGAAAGAGGCGAUAAAGCUUUUCAGUUUGAUGCCUGCCAAGAAUGUGGUUACGUAUAAUGCGAUGAUUUCUGGGUUUCUCCAAAUGGAUGAAAUAACCGACGAAGCUUCGAGUGAAGCCUUUAAGCUCUUCAUGGAUAUGCAAAGACGGGGUUUGGAACCCUCGCCAUCGACAUUUUCAGUUGUGCUCAAAGCUUGUAGUGCGGCGAAAACCUUGGAAUAUGGAAGGCAGAUUCACGCUCUCAUCUGUAAGAACAAUUUUCAGUCUGAUGAGUUUAUUGGGAGCGCUCUAAUCGAGCUGUAUGCGUUAAUGGGUUCAACUGAAGAUGGAAUGCAAUGCUUUGCUUCAACAUCAAAGCAAGAUAUCGCCUCAUGGACAUCGAUGAUUGAUUGCCAUGUCCAAAACGAGCAGCUUGAAAACGCAUUUGAUCUGUUCCGACAACUUUUUUCAUCCCAUAUAAGACCGGAAGAGUAUACAGUUUCCCUUAUGAUGAGUGCUUGUGCUGAUUUUGCUGCAUUAAGCUCAGGAGAGCAGAUUCAGGGUUAUGCCAUAAAGAGUGGAAUUGAUGCUUUCACCAGUGUUAAGACCUCAAGCAUUUCUAUGUACGCAAAGUCAGGUAACAUGCCUCUUGCUAAUAAAGUAUUUAUCGAGGUCCAAAACCCAGACGUUGCAACAUACUCAGCUAUGAUCUCAAGCCUUGCACAACACGGUUCUGCUAACGAUGCCUUAAAUAUCUUUGAGUCGAUGAAAACCCACGGAAUUAAACCGAACCAGCAAGCAUUUCUCGGCGUUCUUAUAGCUUGUUGCCACGGAGGAUUGGUCACACAAGGACUAAAGUAUUUCCAAAGCAUGAAGAACAAUUACAGGAUUAAACCGAACGAGAAACAUUUCACUAGCCUCGUCGAUCUCUUAGGCCGCACGGGAAGAUUAUCAGAUGCUGAGAACCUGAUUUUGAGCUCUGGUUUUCAAGACCAUCCAGUGAUGUGGAGAGCAUUACUGAGUUCUUGCAGGGUUUACAAAGACAGCAUCAUAGGGAGACGCGUUGCAGAGAGAUUGAUGGAACUUGAACCCGAGGCCUCUGGCUCAUACGUAUUGCUCCACAACAUUUACAACGAAUCUGGAGUCAAUUCUUCAGCAGAGGAGGUUAGAGAGCUGAUGAGAGAUCGAGGGGUUAAGAAAGAACCAGCCUUGAGCUGGAUCGUGCUCGGUAACCAAACUCAUUCCUUCGCGGUCGCUGACUGGUCUCACCCUUCGAGCCAGAUGAUUUACACAAUGUUAGAGACCAUGAACACUGUAGAUUUUGAAGACUACAAGACUCUUGUUCAUUCUUGUUCUGUUACAUGAAAAAUUUAAAGCCAAUUUCUGUCUUGCUAAGAUCUUGAUAAAUUACGAAAAUGCAA